AAUUUCUUAAUUAGAGUGACAUUUUUAUAGAUGGGAGGUACACACCUUCCAGUCCACAAAGAAAAAAUAAUCUUGCUUAACAUAGAAAAUGAGAGACACCCUCCAAGUCUCCAGCGUUAUUUCCACAGUGCUUGAGAAACCUGACCCGUUGCUCCUCCCUUCUUUAAAAAAAAUAAGCCAACCCAAAUAAAUAAUAAUGAUUCGUUUCCCCAACGGCCUUUUCCCAUGUUCCCCCUUCCCUCUCUCUCCACCCUCUCUGCUUGCUUUAGUUCUGCGGGAGACUGUGGCAAGGAAGCAAGAGGUAGUGACUCAGUCGCCUUGAUCAACUUUGGCUGCAGUUGCCGGGUGGCAGUAAAGAGCUGAGCAGAAGAAAGUGUGGAAAAGACUGAAUUGCCUGCCUGCCUGCUCUUCUUCACGAUGCUCCCUAGUGCCUUAUCUGCUCGCACUGGCGUGUACUGGGAUAUACUGGGCUCCUCUGCAUUACUAGACACAACUCCAGGAUUUGGGAACUUGGGGAAAAGUUUCCUAAUUGAGAAUUUGCUGCGGGCUGGAGAUUCUCCACAGGGUCUUCCAGCUCCUCCUCCCUUAGCACCGACAGUAGCAGCAGCCACAGACACCACAGUAGAAAUUCUGGAGCAUCCCUUUUCAUCCAGCCCGGUAACCUUCACGUUGUGCCCAGGAGCAGAACAAAUUGGGAGUCCUUAUCAGACUCAUUGGGCUUUUCAAGUGCUUAAUCCUUCGACUGACAGCAGUCAGCAGUCAGGCCCGACUCAGGGAAAUCAAGGUGGCGCCUUACAACUUGCUGUCCCAGCUUCUUCCAAACUUUUUUUUCUGAGAGCCCCACAAUUCUACUCAACCUGCUGCGGUGGGUCCUGUCAGCACCCUGUGUCCCCCACUGCUUUGCCAAGAGAGGAUACCAUGUUGCCUCUACUGACACAGGACUCCAAUUCCAAAGCACAAAGAGGAAUUUUAAGAAGAGCUGUAUUUUCUGAUGACCAGAGAAAAUCUCUGGAGAAAAUGUUUCAGAAACAGAAGUAUAUCAAUAAAACAGACAGAAAGAAACUCUCCAUCAAUUUGGGACUAAAGGAGUCACAGGUGAAAAUUUGGUUUCAAAAUAGAAGAAUGAAAUGGCGAAACUGCAAAGAAAAAGAAGUACUUUACAACCAGUAUAUCAAGGAAGAAGGGCUCCAAGAGAAUCAAAUUUCAAGAUCUACUCUAGGCUUUACAUCCUCUUGUCCCAGAAUAUGGAAAGUAUCUCAACAGCACUCAAGUUCAAGAUGGAGGGAUAAUUUGGCAGAGCCUUCAGAAAGACUAAACCAUGAAGAUUCAUUGCAGCUACUUCCACAAGCAAAUUCCUAUCAUUCAUUGUAUUUUAACUCUGAAGCUGACACUAGAGACAAGGGAAUUACUUCAGCCAUAUGAAAAAUAACUGAAAAUUUUACAUUGAUUACAAAAGCAGAAACUUGAAAUGGAUACUCUUUUAAAACUAACAAUAUUGGAACACUAAAACCAAUUAGUUUGUAUCCCAUCAGUGUCUAAAUUCUUAACACCACUGAAAAAAAAAUGUGAGAACUGCGCUUUAAGAAGCAUUUCCCAUUAUUCAGUUUUCUCUAAUUUUGUUACCAUUCUUGUGCUAAAUUUGUAGUGAUAUAGAAACUACAAGGAAAUAUAAGUGCAAAAUGAAACCCAAAUUUCGCUUUGUUUUAUGUCACUGCUUUGCAUGUGCACAUAUGCAUGUGUGUGUUGUAAGGGGCUAAAAUUCUAGCUAGUCUGUCUAAAAUAUCUAAUGAGUGGUCGCCAAUAAAUUAUAAGCUUUAGGAACAGUUUUAGACUUUUAAGCA